AUGGUUCUGGGAUCCACUCAGCCAAUCAAGAAGGUGAAUAUUGAUCAUGUCAGAGUUGGUGAUGCACACAUUGAGCCUUCCACUAAUGUUCGUAAUUUGGGUGUGAUGUUUGACUCUGCCAUGAAAAUGGACUGCCAGGUGACGGCUCUAUCUAAGGCUGCAUUCAUGUCAAUUAGGAAUAUUGGCAGAAUACGGGACCAUCUCACAAGGGAAGCUGCUGAAACUAUUGUUGAUGCAUUUAUUACAUCUAGGAUAGACUCAUGCAACUCGCUUUUGUACGGAAUCAACAAUGCACACCUCUCUCGCCUUCAACGGAUACAGAACAUUGCAGCGAGGAUGAUCACCUACACUAGGAAAUCAGACCACAUCACACCUGUGUUAGCCAACUUGCACUGGCUCCCUAUCCAACAACGAGUCAAAAAUAAACUGUGCCUCAUCAUCUUUAAGACCUUACAAGGUGACGCUCCAGCAUACUUAAGCGAUCUUGUCCAGCUCUAUGCCCCCGGGCAUCGGGGCUUACGAUCCUCACAACAAAAACUCCUUAAGGAAAACAUGGCUAAUUAUCGAUGGGGGAGAGAAGCUUUCAAACUGCUGCACCAAGCCUUUGAAUUUCCUACCUGGAACUGUUAG